AUAUGACAAUGUUUAAAAUGUAAUUAUCUAAGAAAAACAUCGACUUCUAUCGUUUUGUAUUGUACAAGCUAUAUCACUUUCAUAACAGUUUUGUGACAAUUUUAGUUCCAAUUGAACGAUCAGCCGAAAUAUAAAUCCCUUAUCAAUUACUUUUUAAUAUGUCGAGUCUUUUACGUUUUCCCAAAUUUUGACUUUAAUGAUAAGCCCCUUGGGUAAGUUUCUGUUCGAUUUCUCUCGAGCUUUUACAAAGAACUCAGCAAACUAUUAAAUAGUUUAAGAAAGCCAAUAUGUUUGCCAAAUAUUUGGACUAAAAACUUUAGAUGUCAAAUGUUUACAAGACUAUUAAUGCGUGAAGGUAUAUUUACUCAGUUUCACGAGAUUGCAAAAUAUACGAAAAUGAUCCUAUAAUAUAAAAAAUAGUGUUUUCUUAAUUAGGUGUUUAAGACCCAAUGUAAAAAAAAGAUCUCAAGAAAAAAUCUUUACAUACCACCAGCCUCCAAUUAAUUCACAUGCGAAAUUGAAUCAUGGAAUCAGCCUUAAUUUCAAAUCAAAGUCUCGUGGUUGAUUUUUUCUUCUUAUGGGUCACGGACAUUAAUGAGUAGUUAAUAUUUGAUUUCAUUCACAUUUAUGUGAACUUACAUAGUUUGUACAGAAGACGUUUGUAUCAAUACAUACGAGAUUAAUUGUAAAUAUUGCCUGAAGUCAUUUAAGUGUACGUGUAAUUAAGUGACAGACGAAAUAUUCAUGUCUUGAUGGAAUAUCAACAAUAUACGGAUCCGUGGCAAUUCUCAAAGAUCCAUUUGAGACAAUCAGAUUGACCCGUGGGGUUGAGGCUUUUGGUUAACCUCCUGAAUGGGGCAAUCUGUGGUGGUGUCUGAAACAUAUAUGCCUCCCAUUGUCGCAAAUACAAUGAAUAAUGGCAGUUUCAAUGGAAGUUCAUCUCAUGUGCCUUGUUUAGUUCUUUGGUACAAAUUGAGAGUGGAACUCUGGGCUAGAGAUGCACCAGACUCAGAGCUCUCAUUGUUGGGAAAAAAAGAGAAAUUUAUCUUCAUCAGUGAAAUUAUUUAUUAAAAAUUCUUCUGAACAAAAAUUCCACGUGAAAAAAAACAUUACUCCCAAGCUGUGAAAGCCUAAGUUGCAGAAUUUAUCGCAACAGUUGAUGUUGUUUAUGUGGACAAAUAUUUAGUGAAGUGCUCAAUUAUCUUCCCAACUCUCCUCUCAAACACAUGGAUAUAUCGUCUUAAGCACUCUCUUGUAUUUGAAACUAAAUUAAAAUUUCAAAUAUUUCUUUCGUCGGCGGAUGAACCGGUUAAUCUAAGACUAUCCGUUACAUCUCCGAACAUCUUGUCCAAAAAAAGAAAUGAGUGACUUCAAAGUGCAAUGUGAAAUAAUUUGAAGCAGGAACUUGGUGAAAACUUGAUCAUUUGUGAGAAAGGAUUGUGUGGACAUACAAAAUAUAAAUGACAAAGGCCAAUAUGGCACGGCUAGUGAGCUACAAAAUGUACGAUGAAAAUCGAUACAGUACCUUUGGAGCUGAAUUUAACAGCAUCAAUAGCAUGGAAAAUGAUUCAACCACUUCAAGUCUCUUUCAACUUGUCCAGAAGAGACGUCGGAAGAGGUCGAGGUCCAGGAAACUAUCCUGGCGGCAAUGUAUUCUGUGUCAGUGCCUCUGCUGCAUAAAAAUUCGCGGGAAAUUGUGCCCGUGUUGCAGGAAUCGACGAUGGUGUCGAUUCUGUGGGUCAGAUGAUGAUGAUACUGAGAAUGACAUCGACAGGCAGUUCAAUCGAUACAAGUACGAGAUGAGUACGAAACAGACACCCAAAAGGGUAGAACCGGGGGUUAAUUCGGAAGAUAAAUCACCGAGCCAGAAGAGUACUUUGCGAGCAGAUGAAGUGAAAAAGGCCAAAAAGCAUUUUUGGAAUUGGAAUGAUAGUCUCAAGUCCAAUUCAGACAAAUUUCUCGAGAGUUUAGAAUAUGAUGCAAUGCAGGGGAAUAGUCUCAAGAAGUAUACAAGAAUACCCAAAAUUCGAAUUGGUUACGGUGAGCGGUGAAAUUAAGUGUU